AGGUAAUGGCGGUUGUGGCGGUGGGGGCCAACAGCAGCAGCAGCAGGGGGUGGCGGUGGUGGUACGGACGAAGCUGGGAAGGCGGUUGUACGACAAUCGAGCGCUGGAUCUGCCGUGCUCCACGUCCGAAUGGUUGUUUGAGCACUUGCUGGGUCGGAAGGGUCAGCAGGAGCGGGAGCAGGGGCAGCAGCAGUUGCAACAGCAGGGAUGCGGCUUUGAGAUGCAUGGCGGCGGCGGCGGCAGCGGCGGUGCUGGGGCAGCAGCGAUGCCUGUUGCCACAACGGGUGGCAGCAGUACGGUUGUUACAGCCGCUGCUGCUGCUGCUACGGCCAUCCAGGGAGUGGGCAUCACCCUCAUUCCUGAGGACUGGCCCGAGUCGCGUUUCCAGGUGGAACUGCGCUACCGCUUUCCCAAGCUCAUGGGACUCCUCCAACCGCCCACAACCGCCAUAACUCCAACCGCCGCAACGACCACAUAUCUGGGUGCAUUAGCACCCGUGACAGCAGCAGCACUACCACCACCCUUCUCCUCGUCAACUACUGUCGUACAUUCACCCCUGCCGUACGCAACCCUCAGUGCGGAGGUACGGGGUGCCAUCGCGUUGUACGGCGCUGAGGCGGGGGAUGUCUUGGAGCUGUGGCAGCUGCCCGGUGGGCGGCCGGAGGAGUUCAUGUUCCGAGUGGUGCGGGCGGGCGGUAGAGGGGCGGGGCGGGGGCGAGGGCGGGGAUGAGGGUGAGGAGGAAAAAGAAAAGAGAAGUGAAGCACGGUGACGGGGACAGGCUUAGGCGGGUACGGGCGAGGGGUUUUGAGGGGAGGUAGAAGGCGAUGUAGGCUGUGUAUGAUAUGUAUGAUAAGAUGUGUAUGUGAGGUGUGUAGGCUGCGUGGAGGCGGAAGAUGGAGGAAGAGGUUGGGGGAUGAGGAGGCGACACGCAGCAGUGGCGCAACUGUGGAAUAGGCAUGUUAGUGUAGGUACUGAAACUUAGGGGAUUGGACUUUUGGAGGUCACUCCCAACGAAAGUGGCGGCUUGGUCAGGGCCCAAAGGCGCACAGCAUAGGCAUGCAUGCAGUGCACGAAAGAGAAGCCAACACGCAUACCGGUACACUGAGACCCCUUGUUGUUGGUGGUGAUUGGUGGUGAAGGUGAUAUAAUGCACACUUAGACUCAUCUUUGUUGUUGUUGGUGGUGAUAUAAUACACACUGAGACUCAUCUUUGUUGGUGGUGACGAUGAUGCAAUGCAACAGCCAUGUCGUACACUUGUACUGCAGAUGCCGGAGACGAGCAUGUACUAUGGAUGGUUCUGUUGCUAUUGCUUCGCUUUCUGCUUUGGCUGCUGUGGUUAUCACGCCAAAAGUAAGUAUGUUGUGAUGAGGAUGGUCGAGACUGGUGUCGUUCGUUCGUAGAUGAUGCGUUUCAGCAGUACCGCAUCUACGACUGUCCUCAUACGUCACCGACAAUCCCCAGACGACAGUGGACGGCUGUUUGAAGCUCGCACAAGGACCGGCAGCACUGUGGCCUUACUUAUCGGUUCUUAACUGGUGUCAACUUUACAUGUAACAUCGCUGGAAGUUU